UUGUUGGGGCUCCUGUUGGCGAGUGACUCGGUGCGCACGUGUCCGGGGGCGAUCGUAUCGGAGACCGUACGUUUUAAGACUUUGUUCUUAAGACGCGUUUCGCAAUGUUGACGUCGAUUUGAACGCGAAUCGAGCGCAGCAGCAAUAACAACAACCGCUCGCUAUCGCUUAUACAAUGGGUAGUUAACAAAUCAUCAAAUCGAGUAUAUCACACGUCAAUCAGAUCGACCAAGAAUGUUUUGCUGGGAGUCCUUAACCCGGAUUUUUGAAGAUGUAAUGAUGUCGAGGAAUAUAAGGUAAAAUGCCGAAAAAAAUUCGCGUGGCAAAAAUCCCGGUUAGUUCGCCGUGGUUGGAAAAGUGGUCUAGAUGUCAAACGGAUGUGAGAGUGCCGGAAGCUUGUUUACAACAAACUCCACCAACGAUAAAGUACAAGAAAGAUGUGGGAACGCAAACUCCACCUUCAUUGUUGUAUAUGGCUUUUGCGGAAGAAACUAAAAAGGAGGUGGAUCGUCUAACGCCACCGUCAGGAGGUCGUCGAAAUUCGGCCACCGACUGGAUGCAAAUGGGAUGCGAUCUUCGUCACAUAGCCGACGGCCUACGGUUAUCCAACGAAUCGCUGAACACGUCCAGCUCCAGUACCAAUGCCAGCCAAACGUCCAACAUAUCAUCUACUUCCAGCUACUUUUAUAUACCCAACUUGGUUCAUCAUUACCAAAGAAGAAGAUCACUUCCCGAUGCCUCCACUUGGAUGUUAAGACGUCCCUAAUUGUUUUUCUAAUCAAUUAAUUAAUGUUGCUUUCUCGAUUAUUUUGUUGUGUAUAUUUUUUUGUAAUUAUUAAUUGGGUAUUUACUAUAAUAAAUAAUUUCAAACCCUA